CUCGGCAGUCCCUCGAUGCAAGCAAUAUCUGUCUUCGCGCCCCAGCUCUUAAUUCUUCAACACCAUGGCUCCUGCGGUGAAGAGGCCGGGUGGCCAGGCUGUGCAGGCUGAGGUUGCUCUCAUUCAGUCUCUGAAGCAUUGUCUUGUCAAUCUCCCUGGUUCUCUUGUCUCGGUUUUGGUGAACGCGAACACUAUCGCGCAGAAUGUUGUCGUUGAGCUCAAUUAUCGCCAACCUCCCCCUCCCGGUGCAGACGCAAAGGGUACCUCUCCAGUUCAAAAGUCGGUCUUUGCAGGAUGGACAGGCAUGCAGAGCAAGCGCAAACUUGCGUCGGUCGUGGGUAGGGAUGGCCUGAGUGGUAGCAGAGGAAGUGCUGUAAACAGGGACCAAGAUGUGGCAGUUGUGGAAGUAGAUGCAACAUAUGGACGGCUAUUAGGACUUGUCGAGAGCCAAAAGGUUGGCAUUUUGCUCCAUGUAGACCCUCCCCAGGCGCAUACUAUCAACAUUGAGCCUUUGACUCCUGUAGAUUGGGAAAUGAUUGAACUACAUGCCCAAUUCCUCGAGCUCAACUUCCUCGCCCAAAUACGUGCGCUGCCAAACCCGGCAUAUACUCCUCCAUCAGAAAGCCAACGCCAACCUCCACAUCCAUUGGCGCUUCAUCUAUCACCUACGACCACUGCCAAUAUAAUCGUCACCUCUGUGAGCCCAGCGCCUCCUCCUACAUCAGCCUUUGUCAAGAUAUCUCCCGACGCCGAGGUCAUAGUAGCACCUAAGACGCGACAGAAGUCAGAGCGAAGUUCUGGUCGAGAAAGCAGGAGUGUCGGGGGAACAAGUCGCAGAAGUGCGGGUGGGAAGAGCUCUGCGAGUACUGUCCGACGACGCAGUGGGAGAGACGAAGCUUCCAGCAAAGGUGCCCUGUUUCUACGCGGAGUGGACAGAGAAAUUGCAGGAGAGUGGUUCGAUGAGGAAGAGGAUGAGAAGAAUGAGGGCCUCAAGGUCUGGGUGGAUCGGGACAUGCUUCUAACAAGGGAAUUAAGAGGCGUGACAUGGGUUCUUGUUUCUGUUGUGAAGCCAGCCGGUCUACAGGAGCCUGUAGACGUGCAAAAAGAGCAAGAAAACGAGAAGCCAACCAACAGGGUCAUUGCGCGCAUCCAGGUCUGGGAAGAUGCCCCUGACAGUCGACACAUUGCAUUGUCCUCGCCUCUUUGCCAAGUGCUUUGCUCUGAGCAAUUCGUGGGUGGUCUCGUACGAAUAGAAGGAGCACCCACCCAAGUCGCAAAGCCGUCAUCUAUGGUCAAACCUCCCGGGUCCAAGGACGCUGGUGUAAAAGCCAUAAAGGUGUUGCCCUUUGCAUCGACAAGCUCGCAACUAGGGUCAAAUCUCAAAUUCGGGGGCGAAUCCAAGCAGGAACGGGAAGAAGCCUCCCAAAGAAUCAAGAGAAUGUAUGGCAAAGGCCCACAUGGCGUUGGACUUCUGGAUGGACCCAUUACGGAUGGUAUGAUUCUCCCCCCCCUGGAUAAUUCGGAAAAGGCCUGGCAGGGCGGAAUUGUGAGGUUUGAGCCACCGCAACAGCAAUCAGCGGACGGUACCAAAUCUCCCCCGGCUUGGUUUCUAGGCUCCGAGAGGAAGUUUUCCAUCGAAGUACUGCCUGAGAUUAUCAGACCUUCUAAUGCCCUCAGGGGCUUGUCUUCUGGUGAGCCAAUACCAGACUCUGCGCCGACAAUGGUGGGAAUUGAUCCAUUGAUCGAACAACUCACUGGGCAUCUAUCCCACAACUCAUCGGUCCUGUUGACUGGAGGGCUCGGGGCAGGCAAAUCCGGUCUUACUCAUCUGUUGGCACACAGUCUGCGAUCCGAGCGUCUUUUCAACGUCACCUAUUUUCCCUGCCGCAAACUCGUGAUGGAUGAGACACGAGUGUCGACAAUCAAAGAUACCCUAAAUCGGCUUUUUUCAUGCGCAUCAUGGGGUGCCCGAUUAGGGGGCAGAGCUGUAGUGAUCCUUGAUGAUCUUGACAGGCUUUGUCCAGUAGAGACUGAGCUCCAAGUGGGAGGAGAGAACGGCCGAAGCCGCCACAUCAGUGAAGGCCUUUGCUCUAUUGUGAAGCAGUAUUGUUCGAUAGACUCCGGGGUUGUUCUCCUUGCAACAGCCCAGAGUAAGGAGGCUCUGAACAACGUCAUCAUUGGAGGCCACGUCGUUCGGGAGAUCGUCAGCCUCAAGGCACCCAACAAAGAAGGCAGAAGGCGAGUACUAGAGAUGCUGGUGCAUAAAGAUGCAAAACCAGCAACAGACCACUCAAAACUGAACGGGUAUUCAAAUAACGAUGACUCUAUCCUCGGCAGCUCUACGUCUGGCAGUCGGCCUAGUACAUCCGGUCAAUACGCAUCCCAGCCCGAGCCUGACGCCGACGGGUUCGUUGUCGAUCCAAGCAUUGACUUCCUCGACUUGGCUGGCCUGACCGACGGCUACAUGCCCGGUGAUCUGGUCUUACUUAAUUCCCGUGCUCGCAGCGAAGCCCUUAUUCGAUCAGUCAGCUCGUCCUAUACAUCCAUCGUCCUCUCCAAAGAUGACUUUACCACCGCCCUAGCUGGUUUCACGCCCGCUUCUCUCCGCAAUGUCACCCUUCAAUCAUCAACAACACGCUGGGACUCGAUAGGCGGCCUUCACUCCACACGCCAGACGCUUCUCGAAACACUCCAAUACCCAACCACAUAUGCUCCCAUAUUUGCCCAGUGCCCUCUUCGCUUGCGGUCCGGUUUACUUCUAUACGGGUACCCUGGCUGCGGAAAGACCCUUCUUGCGUCAGCCGUUGCUGGAGAAUGUGGUCUCAACUUCAUCUCCGUCAAGGGACCCGAGAUCCUAAACAAAUACAUUGGCGCGUCUGAGAAGUCUGUUCGUGACCUCUUCGAGCGCGCUGAAGCCGCACGGCCGUGUGUCUUGUUCUUCGACGAGUUUGACAGUAUCGCUCCAAAGCGCGGACAUGAUUCCACCGGUGUCACGGACCGGGUCGUAAAUCAGCUUCUCACACAGAUGGACGGCGCCGAAGGCCUUUCAGGCGUCUACGUACUCGCCGCUACCAGUCGCCCUGACCUCAUUGACCCGGCCUUGCUUCGACCAGGACGUUUAGACAAGAGUCUAAUAUGCGAUUUGCCCGGUCUAGAUGAGCGGAUCGACAUCCUCACAGCUGUGACGCGAAAGCUUCGUCUCGCGCCUUCUGUCCUUACAACCGGCCAUGAAGGCGAGAACCUCCGCGAAAUUGCUCAAAGGACUGAGGGCUACUCGGGUGCCGAUCUCCAAGCCGUUGUUUACAACGCGCAGCUCGAGGCCAUCCACGACGUUCUUGGUGACCAUGUUCCUGAAAUUGGCGAAGACUCCAAGGCAAAGAAAGGCGCCAAUGGCACGGUAGCUAAGUCCAGCAAGUCUGACAAGAGCGCCACGCCGGAUUUCGUCCACUUCCGCUUUGGUGACUCUAUCGCUGCCACAGGUGACAGUGCGGUGCCAUCGUCUGUAGCCCUAACUGAGCGUGCCACCAUCGCGGCUAAGCUCGCGAGUCUACAGGCUAUCCGGCGCAAGCAGAAGCUCGCCAAUCAUCAACAUGGGCAGCAGGAUACGGAUGGGGCUGGAUCUAAGGAGGAGCCCGAGAGCAAGGAGCCUGAGAUCCAAUGGCCGCAUAUCAAAAGCUCGCUUGCAAGCACACGGAGUAGUAUUUCGGAGCAGGAAAGGAGACGACUGGCAGGUAUCUACCGUGAGUUUGUAGUCGGGAGGAAUGGGGAAAUGCCCAGUGGGCAAGGGGGGAGUGAGAUCGGGGGACGGUCAAGCUUGAUGUAGAUGUAUUGUUAUAUCGAAUGUUUCGAUCCCGAAUCCGCU